GCACAAUGCAGACUGCGCAGACCUCAUCAAUCUUGAACACAUCCUUGUGAUGCAACGGUGACGAAAGCAAAGCAUUGUGGGUUAACUGAGUUGAGCAGGGCGCACGACAUUGAAGUGGGCUUGUGUAUGUCAAGGUUUAUGGCUGGACUGUAAGGAUGACAGAGGCAGUGUCUAACCACAUGGACUCGUUGAAGGUCAAGACCUUUCCUACUUCAGAAUACAGCUCUGGAUCUGCACCGCCAAGAAGUUGUCCCAUGCAUCAGGAGCCCAAACAAAGUGCUCCUCCCCCAGAAUGCCCCAUGCACAAGGCGUCUGCACCUGCCCAGCAGGCACCUGAGACUUCCGCUGCUGUCCCAGAGCCUCCAGCUCAUCAGGACCGAGCCUAUGAGUUUGUAGAGUGUCCAAUGAAGGCAGCAAGGGGAGAGAAAGGAGAUGUGUCUGACAUAAACCCCGCAAACAUGAUGCCCCCGCCCAACCAGAUACCAUCAGUAGAUCAGCCUUUCUCCCUGUCUGUGAAAAGAGAAGAGUCCACAAUUCCCCGGGCCGGAUCUGAACAGCACUGGGUCUACCCAUCGGAACAGAUGUUCUGGAAUGCAAUGCUACGCAAAGGGUGGCAUUGGAACAAGGGUGACAUUGAACAGAAGGAUAUGAACAACAUCAUCUCGAUACACAACCAGAACAAUGAAAUGGCCUGGCAGGAGAUCCUCAGAUGGGAGGCUCUUCAUUCUAAGGAGUGUCCGUGUGGUCCAUCUCUGCUGCGGUUUGGGGGCAAAGCGAAGGAGUUCACUCCGAGAGCCAGGUUCCGCCACUGGAUGGGGCGUGAAUUACCAUUUGACAGACAUGACUGGAUUGUGAAUCGUUGUGGAAAAGAGGUCCGAUAUGUUAUCGACUACUAUGAUGCUGGGGCUGCCUCCAAGCAUACCAUUCUAGAUGUGCGACCUGCUCUUGACUCCAUAGGAGCAGUGUGGGAUCGCAUGAGGGUAUCGUGGUUUCAUUGGACCUCAUGACACUCCAGACCAGUAGGGGACACUGGUGGCUACCAGAGACGUCGACUUUGAUGAUACCCACUGGGGCUUGAAGUGAACUUUUGCAUCAUUCACCAGUCAGCUUAUAAGCAAUCAUUAUCUGAGAUGCUAAUGAGAGAUGGCCUUAGUCUGCCUUUUUUGGUCCUAAAGCAGAUAUCUCAGUUUUGCUUUUAAAUACAUUUCAAAAACUGGAUAGAGGACUGACUGCCCAGACUCUGGUUUACAGUUGGUGGAUCGGUUCUGUGGUCAGACAUUUCAUUCAUUUCUGGGGAGUGUGCACUGCACAGUAUUCAUUUUCAAUCAAUAAUUGUGGGUGCAGGAAACUUGAAUGAUCCUUCCAGUCAUCUAUAUUUUGGCUUUAGUUCCAGGAGUACAUGGUUCAGCUUCAUCACCUGUAACUGUUGAUAUCACAUAAUUACAUUGCUUGGAUGCAUAUAUUAAUUUUAUGUACAUUAUUUUUUGUCAGCUCUGUUCCACUCCAACCGAACAGCUCUGAUUCUCUUUAUCUGUGCUGUUUACUGUAUAAUAAAAUAUUUAUUUCUAA